UAUCCCAGAAGGCAUUGGAUUCUAGGUUGACGAAAUGUACGCGCUUCGAGAACGUUCGUACGUCGUGCACAGCGCAUGCGAAACUGUAGUGCAUGCGUUCUAGCUGUGUUGCCCUGCCUUUGAGAUCAUGAGUACAGGUGUACGUGUACAUGUACGUGUGUACAUAUUUAUGUAGGCGGCUAACUAGGCCUACGGUGCGGUGGCGAGUUAUUCAAAGCAUUUAGUGUUCGAAGCCGAAAUUUAUUUUGGAGUCAGUCAUGGCUGGGAAGAAGAAAGGAGAGCUUUCUGAGCUAGAGAAAGAAUUAUUUGAGAGUAUCCAAUUUGUGGUCAAUAUCUGGAAGUAAAACAUCGCACAUCCUGGAUGGAGCAACAACUGUACAUUUAAGUGGUAGCGUUACUUCCUUGAAAAAGUUCUCAGCAAGUCGUCAUUGGAACCGGAUGUUUGUUUUUCAUCAGGAGACGUGGACAUCUUUAUUGACUUCCUUCUGCAAAGUGGCAGUGGCUAGAGCCCUUCCUUCCAUGAUGAUGAUAAUAUUGAGCUUAUUCGACAGUUGCUUAGUUCCCCUGACGUUUCAGUCAACUGCCUAGAUGAUCAUGGAAUGACCCCAAUUCAGCAUGCAGCUUUCAAAGCCAAGGUACCUAUCUGUGAGUUACUCUUGGCAAAUGGGGCUGAUGUCAACAUCAAUGAACAUGAAAACGGUUACACAACACUCAUGUUUGCUGCCCUCUCUGGUAACACUGAAGUGACACGCAUGAUGUUGGAAGCAGGUGCAAAGACGACACCCGUCAAUUCUGUUGGUAGGACUGCUGCCCAGAUGGCAGGCUUUGUUGGUCAGCAUGCCUGCGUCAGUAUUAUCAAUAACUACUUCUCAAGAGAUGAUAUUGAUUACUAUACAAAAAAGCAAGGUUUUGAAAAGGAUCCUAAGCUGAAGCCCGAACUUGCUCCAAUUGUUCACAAACUCAUCCUUCAAACAAACCUCAAUCCUGUGAAGCUAAUUCUUUUCAUCAAGGAGCAUGAAAAACUCUUGAGUGAGUCUGUAGGUGUGGCUCGUGUACUUGAUGUUAUCUGUGAGAAACAAAUGAAGAUAUCAGAUACUAACGAAGUCUUGGCUAUGAAGACGCACUACCUGGCCUGCGUACUCAGGAUGUGCCAUAAAUAUGACGUGGAUAAACUUGACGGCAUUGAUGGACUUCUCAAAUAUUUAUUGAGGGGUCGGGAACCAGAUGGAGAAAAGUUAGUCAUGGAGAAGGUGAUCCGAGAGGCAAUUCGAGACUUCCCGUAUCAUGAAUCUGAACUCUUACAGACGAUGGUCCGAAACAUAGCCAAUGUGAAACCGGGAGACGAUCCCUCAGCAUUAACUAUCCUAUCACAGGGUAUUAAUGGGUCACGCAGUGUGGAAACGGAAGAAAUCUGCAUAACGUGUGGUGAAACCAAAGCAGCCAAGAAGUGUUCGGCAUGUAAGACGGUCAACUACUGCAACCAAGCUUGCCAGAAACUGCACUGGUUCACACACAAGAAGGUAUGCAAGAAAUUAGCAGAGGAUUACCUGAGAUUGCAGAAACUUAACGAGGAACUAGAAGAGAAAGAAAAUAGGAAGCGAGCUGAAGAGGAAGAAAAGAAGGAGGCUGAAAUCCUUGCAUCAGAAGAAGCUACAUCUGAGUUAGCUGCAAAAGACUCGUCAGAAGAUGUCUUGAAUUCUGUCUCCAUCAGCGAAGUCACUUUAGAGGAAAAAUCAUCAAAGGAGGAUGAAGGGGAGAAAGAGGAAUCCUAGCAGGAGAUGACCAAGAUGAGUAAGUGAUACCAGUACCAACAGCAGCACAUGAAGCCUUCUAUAUGAGGAAAAUCACAUACGCUAAGUCAUGUGACCUAAAGUGGAUAUCAAUCAUCAACGUCAGCUUUAUUUUUGGUAAAUGACACUUAUGACACUUUGCUAUGGGAGGACGCCAUGCCUGUUGAUGUUUGAUACCCACCAUAGAUCACGUGACUUACUUGGCACAAUUGGUCUAUUGUUCAUUUCUUUAUACAUGCCUACAUGUCAGUUAUGCAACUACAUGUAUUUGAUCUUGCAGUAUAUGUACCAGGCUGUAUUCUUGAUGGGUGAACAGUUCAGAUAUACAUACAUUUAUACUGACAUUUGAAAAGUGUCAGUAUUUCCUCAAGUUUCAUAAGUACAAUGAUCUUAGUCAGGCAGAGAUAUUUGGUACAUGUACGGCAACAUUUGCCUGUUACCCAUCAAGUUGUCUACGCAUUGGAAAAAAGUGUGCUAAUUGGCACGUCAAAGAGAGGGUUUUAUAUCUUGAAAAAUCAUUGUGCAUGAUUCACUUUUGACACCAGUUGGCAACUCAAUCCUGGUGAUGUCAUGAUUUCCAGAGGAAAAUAUGUAUUUCCUUACAUGUAUUCAACUGCCUUGAAGCCCAUGAUGAUUGACGGACACAUCAGAGAGUUCAGCUGCAACAUUUCUCAGUCUACACAUCCUUUAGUGUUUGUAGUAAUGGUUGUGCACCUGAUUGUGAGGCAACAUGCACAUUGUAUCUAUCUCAGAAUUGUUUCUGAUGUACUCAGUGGUUAAUAUUGAUGGAUAGUUUAUAGAGUUGUCUACAUGAAGAUGUUCUUUUCUUUCCUGUUUAUUGACCCUAACCCCCCAAGGGUUGCUGGCCCUAAACUUCCCCAUUCAUACAAAGUUAAAUACCCAUAUGGGACUUUGUGCACAGGGGCUGUUGGCCUUUGUUUUUCUGAGGUAUGCCAGAAGCCGGCUGUCUGGGCCU